UCUUUAUUAAAACGAACGAAAAAUUUAUCGAAAACCGACAUAAUGAGAUCAGUAACAGUUCUUUUUGCAAUUAUUUGCGCUAUAUCACUAGCGACAGUUAUUGCUCAGAAUGCAGAUCCUGCAGUGGAUGUUGCAGAUCCAGCUUCCAGCUUGGCAUUAGCAUCUGAACCAUGUGUAAAUGAUGAUGAUGUGUAUCCUCCAGACGAACCUUUUCCAGACAUUCCAGCAAAUGGUACUACUCGAAACGGAACCGAAGUGGUAAAUCAAAAUACCACAGUUCCUCAAAACAGCGAACCAGAAGGGUCAGGAAAUGGUGAACAGGAAAUUAAUGGUAAUGCUGAUAACCAAACUGAUGCUCCUCAACCAAAUGAUGAUAAUACUACAGCAGAAAAUAGUACAGAUGGACAAACAGAUGCUCCACAAGGUAACGAAAAUGGAGCUGCCGCUGAAAACAAUGCCCAAUCAGAUGCCCAAACUGAUGCUGCACAAGGGAACGGCAAUGAGGCAGCUGCAGAUAACAAUGGUAGUGCUGACGCGGCCCAAGGUAAUGACAACAGAGCAGCUGCAGAAAAUAAUGCUAACGCAGAUGCCCAAACCGAUGCCGCACAAGGUAGCGCCAAUGAAGCCAACGCAGAAAACAAUGCUAAUGCAGACGCUCAAAAUGAUGCUGCACAAGCUAAUGAUAAUGGAGCUGCUGCAGAAAACAACGGUAAUGCCGAUGCUGCCCAAGGUACCGACAAUGAAGCUGCUGCAGAAAACAGUGGCAACGAGAAUGGAACAGGCGCGGAAAAUAAUGCUAAUGCAGAUGCCCAAACCGACGCCGCACAAGGCAGCACCAAUGAAGCCAACGCAGAAAAUAAUGCCAAUGCAGAUGUCCAAAAUGAUGCUGCACAAGCUAAUGAAAAUGGAGCUGCUGCAGAAAAUAGCGGUAAUGCUGAUGCUGCCCAAGGUACCGACAAUGGAGCCGCUGCAGAAAACACUGGUAAUGCUGACCCUGCCCAAGGUAAUGACAAUGGGGCUGCUGCAGAAAACAGUGGCAACGAGAAUGGAACAGCGGCGGAAAAUAACGCUAAUGCAGAUGUACAAAAUGAUGCUGCACAGGUGAAUGACAAUGGUGCUGCUGCAGAAAACAAUGGUAAUGCUGACGCCGCACAAUCUAAUGACAACGGAGCAGCUGCAGAAAAUAAUACUAAUGCUGAUGCUCAAAACGGCGCCGCACAAAGUACUGCCAAUGAAGCCAACGCAGAAAAUAAUGCCAAUGCAGAUGCCCAAAAUGAUGCUGCACAAGCUAAUGAAAAUGGAGCUGUUGCAAAAAACAACGGUAAUGCCGAUGCUGCCCAAGGUACCGACAAUGAAGCUGCUGCAGAAAACAGUGGCAACGAGAAUGGAACAGGCGCGGAAAAUAAUGCUAAUGCAGAUGUCCAAACCGAUGCCGCACAAGGCAGCACCAAUGAAGCCAACGCAGAAAAUAAUGCCAAUGCAGAUGUCCAAAAUGAUGCUGCACAAGCUAAUGAAAAUGGAGCUGCUGCAGAAAAUAGCGGUAAUGCUGAUGCUGCCCAAGGUACCGACAAUGGAGCCGCUGCAGAAAACACUGGUAAUGCUGACCCUGCCCAAGGUAAUGACAAUGGGGCUGCUGCAGAAAACAGUGGCAACGAGAAUGGAACAGCGGCGGAAAAUAAUGCUAAUGCAGAUGUACAAAAUGAUGCUGCACAGGUGAAUGACAAUGGUGCUGCUGCAGAAAACAAUGGUAAUGCUGACGCCGCACAAUCUAAUGACAACGGAGCAGCUGCAGAAAAUAAUACUAAUGCUGAUGCUCAAAACGACGCCGCACAAGGUACUGCCAACGAAGCCAACGCAGAAAAUAAUGCCAAUGCAGAUGCCCAAAAUGAUGCUGCACAAGCUAAUGAAAAUGGAGCUGCCGCAGAAAACAACGGUAAUGCCGAUGCUGCCCAAGGUACCGACAAUGAAGCUGCUGCAGAAAACAGUGGCAACGAGAAUGGAACAGGCGCGGAAAAUAAUGCUAAUGCAGAUGCCCAAACCGACGCCGCACAAGGCAGCACCAAUGAAGCCAACGCAGAAAAUAAUGCCAAUGCAGAUGUCCAAAAUGAUGCUGCACAAGCUAAUGAAAAUGGAGCUGCUGCAGAAAAUAGCGGUAAUGCUGAUGCUGCCCAAGGUACUGCCAACGAAGCCAACGCAGAAAAUAAUGCCAAUGCAGAUGCCCAAAAUGAUGCUGCACAAGCUAAUGAAAAUGGAGCUGCUGCAGAAAAUAGCGGUAAUGCUGAUGCUGCCCAAGGUACCGACAAUGAAGCUACUGCAGAAAACAGUGGUAAUGCUGACCCUGCCCAAGGUAAUGACAAUGGAGCUGCUGCAGAAAACAAUGGUAAUGCUAACGCAGCCCAAUCUAAUGACAGCGAAGCAGCUGCAGAAAAUAAUGGAAAUGCAGAUGCUCAAAAUGACGCCGCACAAGGUACUGCCAAUGAAGCCAACGCAGAAAACAAUGCCAAUGAAAAUGCCCAAAAUGAUGCUGCACAAGCUAAUGACAAUGAAGCUGCUGCCGAAAACAAUGGUAAUGCCGAUGCUGCCCAAAGUACCGACAAUGAAGCUGCUGCAGAAAUCAGUGGUAAUGCUGACACUCAAAACGAUGCUGCACAAGGUAACGAAAACGGAGCUGCUGCAGAAAACACUGUUGAUGCUGACCCCGCCCAAGGUAAUGACAAUGGAGCUGCUGCAGAAAACAGUGGUAAUGCCGAAGCUGCCCAAGGUAGCGACAAUGGAGCUGCUGCAGAAAACAAUGGUAACGCUGACCCCGCCGAAGGUAAUGAAAAUGGAUCUGCUGCAGAGAACAGUGGUAAUGCUGAUGCGGCUCAAGGUAAUGACAACGGGGCAGCUGCAGAAAAUAAUACUAAUGCAGAUACCCAAAACGACGCCGCACAAAGUUCCGCAAAUGAUGCAAAUGCAGAAAGUAAUGCUGAUGCCCAAAAUGGUGCUGCACAAGGUAACGACAAUGGCGCUGCUGCAGAAAACACUGAAAACGCUGAUAGCCAAAACGACGCUGCACAGAAUACCGGCAAUGAAGCCAACGCAGAAAACAAUGCGAAUGUAGAUGUUCAAAAUGAUGCAGCACAAGGUAACGAAAGUCAAGCUGCUGCAGAAAACAACAGUAAUGCUGAUGGUGCCCAAAAUAAUAAUAAUGGACCUGCUGAAGAAAAUAAUUCUAAUGCAGAUACCCAAAAUGAUGCUGCACAAGGUAACGAAAAUGGGUCUGCUGCAGAAAAUACUGGUAACGCUGAUAGCCAAAACGACGCAGGACAAGGUUCCGCUAAUGCAGCCAACGCAGAUAAUAAUGCUAAUACAGACGCUCAAAAUGGUGCUGAUCAAGGUAACGAGAAUGGAUCUGCCGCAGAAAUCAACGGUGGUGCUGAUGGUCAAAACGAAAAUGGAGCUGCCGCAGCGAGCAGCGGUAACGCAGAUAACCAAAAUAAUAACAAUAGCAAUAAUGAUAGCGGUAACAAUCAAAACAAUGGUAGCAAUUCCGUGGAAGAAAACAGCAAAGAAGAUUCAGGUAACGAAAGUCAAGAAAAUAAAGAUAAUAAUGACACGUCAGAAGAUAACUCUGAGGAAUUAGACAGUAGCGAAAGGGAAGAGGAAGAAAGGCGCAAGGAAGAGGAAAAGAAACAAAAGGAGGAAGAGAAUAAUAACAAUUCUGUGGAAGAAAAUAGCAACGAAGAUUCAAAUAAUGAAAGUCAAGAAGAGAAAGAUAGUAAUGACACAUCUGAAGAUGACUCUGACGAAUUAGAUAGUCGCGAACAAAAAAAGAAGAAGGAAGAAGAGAAGAAACAGCAAAAAGAGGAAGAAAAAAGACGAAAGCAAGAGGAAAAGAGACAGAAACAAGAAGAGAAGAGACAAAAGGAGAAAGAAAAGAGAAAACAAAAGGAAGAAGAAAAAAGGAUAAAAGAACAACAAAAGCGAGAAGAGGAGCGACAGCGUAGAGAGGAAGAACGUCUGCGACGGGAAGAAGAACGCAAACAAAGGGAAGAAGAAAGAAGGAGGAAUGAAGAUCAAUGGAUAGAUGCACUUAAGAAGACAAUCGAGAGAAAACUAGCAUAUUUAGACUACAUUAAGAACCAGUAUGGAAUCAAUGUUCAAUGUGACUCUGAAAUCUGCAGAUGCCGGUGUCUUCUUAACAACAACCAUUCCGGUUAUUGCUCAAGAACAAAAGAAUGUGUGUGCGUGUAGAAACUUUAGGAAAAUACAAAUUUGGCUUGUAUGUUUUUGUAUUAUGUAAAUAGAUAAUUCAUUUAGCUUUAUUUAGUUUUAUUUAUUGCAAAUAAAUAUAUUACUUUGA